UCCCGGCUGAGCGCAGAGCAGGGGGUGCAUGGGGGUGCGUGGCUCUUAAAGGGCCAGCGCCGUGAAGCGGGGCGGGGCAGUCCCGUGGCACCCCCAUGCCGUGGUCCGCGAGCCGGGGGGCCGGCCGGCUGGCCCGGGGGGUGACGGCCAGGAGGGCGGCCGUGGCCCUGACGGUGGUGGCCCUGGGCGCCCGGAAACUGUACCCGCUGCUGCGGCGGGCCACCGUGGGCUCCCGGCACGUGGCCCCGGGGCCCGUGGGCGCUUCAACCGGCGCGGAGCCCAGAGCCACCGGCGCGGAGCCCGGGCCCGACUCGGGGAGCGCGGAGCCCGGGCCCGACUCGGGGAGCGCGGAGCCCGUGGCUCAGUGGCCGGAGGAAGACGCCGCGCCCGGCGUGAACUGGGCUUUCCUGCGGCGGCUGCUGCGGCUGCUGCGGCUCCUGUUCCCCGGGCCGCUGUGCCCAGAGACGGGGCUGCUGGUCCUGCACUCGGCCGCCCUGGCCAGCCGCACCUUCCUCUCGGUCUACGUGGCCCGGCUGGACGGGCGCCUGGCCCGCUCCAUCGUCCGCAAGAGCCCCCGGCGCUUUGCCCGGCUGCUGCUCCAGUGGCUGCUCAUCGCCGUGCCCGCCACCUUCGUCAACAGCGCCAUCCGCUACCUGGAGGGGCGGCUGGGCCUGGCCUUCCGCGGCCGCCUGGUGGCCCAGGCCUACGGGCUCUACUUCCGCGCCCAGACCUACUACCGCGUCAGCACCAUGGACGGGCGCCUGCGGGCGCCGGACCAGUCGCUCACCGAGGACCUGGUGGCCUUCGCCGGCGCCGUGGCCCACCUCUACUCCAACCUGACCAAGCCGGUGCUGGACGUGGCCGUCACCUCCUACGCCCUGCUGGGCGCGGCCCGGGCCAAGGGCGCCGGCACGGCCGGGCCCUCGGCCAUCGCCGGCCUGGUGGUCGGCCUGACGGGCAUGGUGCUGCGGGGCUGCUCGCCCCGCUUCGGGGAGCUGGUGGCCGAGGAGGCUCGGCGCAAGGGGGAGCUGCGGUACAUGCACGCCCGGGUGGUGGCCAACGCCGAGGAGAUCGCCUUCUACGGGGGGCACCAGGCGGAGCUGGCCCUGCUGCAGCGAUGCUACGGGGCGCUGGCCGCACACCUGGACCUGGUGCUGCUGCAGCGUCUCUGGUACGUGAUGCUGGAGCAAUUCCUCAUGAAGUACGUGUGGAGCGCGGCCGGGCUGAUCAUGGUGGCCGUGCCCAUCGUCACGGCCACCGGCUACUCACAGAGCGACUCGGAGCAGGUGAAGCGGGCCGCACUGGAGAUGAAGGAGGAGGAGCUGAUCGGCGAGAGGACCGAGGCCUUUACCACGGCCAGGAACCUGCUCACCGCAGCUGCCGACGCCACCGAAAGAGUCAUGGCCGCCUACAAGGAGGUGACGGAGCUCGCCGGUUACACCGCCCGGGUCUAUGAGAUGUUCCACGUCUUUGAGGACGUGCAGCGCGGGCGCUUGGCCCGGCCCGGCGAGGCGGAGGAGGGCGAGGACCAGGCCGCGGCCGUCAUGAGGCAUGGGGUGCGUGUGGACGGGCCCCUCAGCAUUCGCGGCCGGGUCGUGGACGUGGAAAACGGAAUCAUCUGUGAAAACAUCCCAAUUAUCACCCCCACCGGGGACGUGGUGGUGGCCGCCCUGAACCUCAGGGUGGAUGGAGAAAUGCAUCUUCUCAUCACAGGCCCCAACGGCUGCGGGAAGAGCUCCCUCUUCCGGAUCCUUGGGGGCCUCUGGCCGGCCUACGGGGGGGUCCUCUACAAACCGCCCCCCCAGCGCAUGUUCUACGUUCCCCAGAGGCCCUACAUGUCAGUGGGCUCCCUGCGGGACCAGGUGAUCUACCCCGACACCGCCCAGGACAUGGCGCGGAAGGGGCUGACGGACGCCCACCUGGAGCAAAUCCUCAGCAUCGUCAGCCUCAACUACAUCGUCCAGCGGGAGGGAGGCUGGGAGGCCGUCAGCGAUUGGAAGGACGUCCUGUCGGGGGGUGAGAAGCAGCGAAUGGGGAUGGCCCGGAUGUUCUAUCAUAGGCCGCAGUAUGCCCUGCUGGACGAGUGCACCAGCGCCGUGAGCAUCGACGUCGAGGGGCGCAUCUUCCAAGCCGCAAAGGAUGCUGGGAUCUCGCUGCUCUCCAUCACCCACCGGCCCUCACUAUGGAAGUACCACACCCACGUGCUGCAGUUCGACGGGGAGGGCGGCUGGAAGCUGGAGCGUCUGGACGCGGCCGCCCGGCUCUCGCUGACCGAGGAGAAGCAGCGGCUGGAGACGCAGCUGGCCGGGGUCCCCCGGGUCCAGCAGCGCCUGACCGAGCUCUGCCAGAUCCUGGGGGACGAAGCCCCCCCCGGCCCGGCCGGGGCCCCCCACAGCUCGGCCUGAAACACUGGGGGGUUCCCUCGGGGCACCUCCUGUCGCCCCACUACGGUGUGUGCGGCGGGGCAUUAAUCCUCCCCUGGGAGUUGGGGUCACCCUGGCUGCCCCCCAUCUCCCAGUGAUUGAAGGAUGGGGCCCCUCCCCCCGCCCAGCUCCCCAAUCGCCCCCCUUCACUGAGCAUUUCAGGGGUCUUCUGCAGCACCCCCAAUUUUAGUGCACUUAAUGCCUCUUCCCCCGUGAUAGGGGGGUGACCUGUACUGUGAAACGGGGGGGUCUCACCCUCCCGCACCUCAGUCCCUCACGGCGCCCCAGAGAAUCCACUGCCCCAGUGGGGCCACUGCCAAGAGCCCCCCAGGCCUCUCUCCGGCUUCACCCGGGACCCCUCGACAGCGUGGGGCGCACAAGGGCAAUGGGCCGUGCUCACGGCCCCCCAGGAUUUUCAGGGGGGAGCUUGCCGAUCCCAGACCCCCAAGACCUCCAGGCCGCACAGACUGGAGAAUGUAGCCAUGGGGGUUGAGGCGGAACCAGGCGUCGCUUCGAUUCCCCUGCGUGUGGCAGACACACGUCCACUUGGACUUCAUCUGGUUUGAGAACCGGUUUAAAUCCCUGUGUGGACGCUCUGAAUUCGCUGUAAGAACGAGUUAAACUGGUUUAAAGCCCCAUGUGGAUGUGCUGAAUUCACUUGAACAACAGGGUUUGGUUAAACUGGUUUAAAGUCC